AUGAAACCUUCUGUUUGUGUUGCUGCAAUUCUGGUUUUUCUCUUGUGUGCUCCUGUUUUCACGUCUGCAAGGCGGCUACAAACACGUACCGAUCAUGGUGAACCAAGAACAAGAGAAGGGUUGAUAUCGGAACCGAGUUCGUACCGGAGAAGAAGCAGGCCGAUGAUGUUGAAAAGAAAAAGAGCAGACACACUACAGGUUGCAGGAUCGAGAUUGCCUGACUGCUCACACGCAUGCGGGUCGUGCACACCUUGCAGACUAGUUAUAGUGAGUUUUGUAUGUGCGUCGCAGCAAGAAGCCGAAACAUGUCCUAUGGCUUACAAGUGCAUGUGUAACAAGAAGUCUUACCCGGUUCCAUGA